AUGGGCGACGAACUCAUCAAACCAUCGCGGGCAGCGCCCAACGCUAGCCCAAAACCGACUCUCUUCUCAUUCCUCGACAGACGCGACGUCUUGCUUUACGUUCUACCUGCUAUCCUCACCUCGAUACUGGCGGGCGCUGUGGCCCCGUUCAUGACAUUGACCGUCGGACAAUCAUUUGACGCUUUUGCCAACUUCCCACUCACCCCAAAUCCACCGUCUUCGGCCAAGCACAAGCUUCUCCACGAUGUUGGCAUCGCUGCCCUCGAACUCCUCGGGUUGGCGGCUGCUGCACUCGUUCUUACCAGCUUAACCUCUUGCCUAUGGGUCUGUGCGGCGGAGCGCAAUGUCAUGUCGCUUCGCAAACGCGUAUAUGCUGCCGUUGUGCGCAAGGAAAUGGCUUGGUUUGACUCUCACAUGACCACCGACGAAACCGCCGAAGUGGUCGGCGCUGGUGGUCUCAUGGCCCAGUUCACUAAGGAAACCGACGACGUUCGUCAAGCUAUUGCGACCGCGUCUGGCUACAUCGUUCAAUACCUCACCACAACCAUCGCUGCGCUAGCCAUCGCAUUUGACCGCUCCUGGUCGCUCACCCUCGUCCUCCUUGCCCCCGUACCUGUCCUCGUCUUCAUCACCGGUCUUUCGCAAGGCAUUUGCGCCCCCCUUUUCGCCGCCGAGCGGGAGCAGACCGCAUCCGCCGCGUCGCUCGUAGAUCGUGCCUCAUCUGCUAUCGCUACUGUCAAAGCCUUCAACGCGCAGAAGCGCGAACUUCUCUCCCUCGAGAAGGUGCUCGCACGUAUCGGUGGCACCGUGCGACGGAGCAACGCCGUCUGGGGCGCAACGCUCGGCGCGAGCCAGUUCGUAGCCAUGUCCAUGUUCGUUGGCGCCUUUUGGUUUGGGAGCAGGCUGGUUCGUGACGGCGAUGCGAGCCCAGGGGACGUCAUGGCUGUUUUCUGGGCAUGCCUGAUCGCCACCGGCAACCUGCAACUUGCGAUGCCGUACCUAGGUGUCGUCGCCAAGGGCCAGUCGUCCGUCGUAUCCUUGGUCGCUCUCGCGGACGACGCUGCGUUCAAGUCCACACGCCCGCUUCGCGGGAUUGUGCCCGACGCCUGCCUUGGGGAGAUGAACCUAUCGCACGUCACAUUCGCAUAUCCCUCCCGACCUGAGGAUCCCGUGCUCCACGACGUGUCCAUCUACAUUCCGGCUCGCGAGACGACCUUCAUCGUCGGUGGCUCUGGUUCUGGAAAGUCGACCAUUGCCCAGCUCCUUCUGAGGAUGUAUACGCCACAAAGCGGAAGCGUAUCUCUGGAUGAGCAAGAUAUGCGUUACCUCGACGAUGUAUGGGCCAGGGAGCACGUUGCAGCUGUUUCUCAGGCUGCUGCGGUAUUCGAGGGCUCUAUCCGGGAGAACAUCGCCCUGGGUAAGGCCGGACGCGGAGAGGCUACCAUGGCUGAGGUAGAGGAUGCUUGCAGAAUGGCGUUAUUGGAGGAGUUCGUCAGAGACCUGCCGGAGGGCUACGAGACUCGUGUUGGCAAUGGCGGAACAGCGCUCAGUGGCGGGCAAAAGCAACGCCUUGCGAUCGCCCGCGCACGAUUACGGGACCCAACGGUGCUCAUUCUCGAUGAGGCGACUUCAGCUCUGGAUGCCAUGUCCCGCGUACUGGUCUUCGAGGCUAUCAAGGCUUGGCGCCGGAACAAGACGACGAUUGUUAUCACCCACGACAUCUCCCAGAUUCUCAUGGAUGACUUUGUCUACGUUCUCAAAGACGGUCAUCUCGUCCAGCAAGGAUACCGUGCCGACCUUGAGAAGUACGAGGGCGAAUUCCAGAGCUUGCUGCAGACCCAAGAAGUCACCGGCGGAUUCAUGCCUGUCAUGUUGCUCGAAGAGGUUGAAGAGAAGCAAGUUGCGGAAGUACAAGCUGCGUUCGAUGACGUCCUGGAGGAGGAGACGAAGGACGAGGAGAAGCUCAUCAAGCAUCACAGCAUCAUGCCGCUCCGCCCACUGACGACGAUCAAUCUGACUUCUUUCGCUACGUUCAAGGUCGCUGAGGAGAUUCCGGAGGUGCCCAAGAAAACGAUCGACGUGAUCGUGCCCUCGUUCCCAGCCCCUGCUCUUGCUCCCGACUUCGUGAAACGCCCAACAAGCUUUUCUCCUGCAUCUUCAAACUUUUUGGCAUUCGCUCGCCCUUCGAUCUAUAUCGAAGAUGACGACGAGUUCGAGAUGGAGAAGCACGCGGUGAAACGGACUGGCACCGUCGUUUCCGAACGGCGCGGACCUCAGCAAGUCAAGAGCCCACGCAAGCGCUGGGACAAUCCACCUCUUCCUGAGCUCGCCUCGGUCGAAGUCGACGUCCCGCUUCGAGGAGUUGAGAAGGAAGAUGUCCAGAUGACGCUGUCCCGAAUCGCGCAAGUCGUCUGGUGGACGAUCCCGCACAAGCCCCUCCUCCUCCUUGGUCUUGCUUUAUGUCUCGUCAACGGCGCAAUGACGCCCAUCUUCUCAUUCCUCUUAUCGAAGCUCAUGUUCGAGGUUUCCAUUGGUGCCAAGAACAUUGCCACUGUCAACACCUACGGUGGUAUCGUCCUCGCCGUUACGGCGCUGGAUGGAGUGGUGAUCGCAGUGAAGUACGUCAUCCUCGAAGGUCUCGCGAUGAGCUGGGUCAACUCCCUUCGCCAAUCCUCCUAUGCGAGGGCCCUCGCGCAGGACAAGAAGUGGUUCGACAAACCGGAGAACGCGCCUGUGCGGCUUGUACAGAUCUUGAUCAAGGACGGCGACGACGCACGAGCUCUCAUCGCAACUGUCGUUGGCCAGAUCCUCGUAGUUGCAACUAUGAUGAGCGUCGGCUUGAUAUGGGCCGUAGCGAUGGGAUGGCAGUUGACGCUCGUGGGGUUGGCGAUUGCGCCGGUGUUUGUGGGUUGUAUGGCCGUGCAAGCUCGAUUGGUAGCCAAGUGUGAGUUGCGAAACAAGAGGGCGAAGGAGGAUGUCGCGAAGGUGUACUACGACGCGAUAUCCAACAUCCGCGGAAUCCGGGCGAUGGCCUUCGAGAACGCGUUUCAAUCACGUUUCGAUAGCGCUGCUAGCACAGCAUUGUCUGCGGGCGUGCGAGGUGCUUUCUUCGAAGGGUGCAGCAUGGGCGUCUCCAGCGCGCUCAUUUACCUGGCCGAAGCGCUCUUGUUCUACGUCGGCGCUGUCCUCAUUGCCAACGGAACCUACAACUACCUGCGCAUGGUCGAGACCCUCAAUCUCAUUGUGUUCUCGGUGACGAUCGGCGGACAGAUGAUGGCUUUCGGUGACAAGAUUGCUAAAUCUCUCCAAGCCACCCGCGACUUUCACAGGCUCUUGGAGCUCGAUACCGAGAGCGACGAGUCGAUGGGUACCCUUCUACCCCCGAUCCGUGGGCCUAUCACUCUCUCCAACAUCUCCUUCUCAUAUCCGGAGCGUUCCGAUGCACCCGUGCUUCGCGACAUGAACCUGCACAUCAAGGAGGACGAAUGUGUCGCCAUUGUCGGCGCUUCGGGCUGCGGGAAGAGCACGGUCGCGGCCCUGCUUCAACGCCUUUAUGAGCCGGAUUCGGGUGACAUAUCUGUUGGACCCUACAAGUUGCAGGGUACGAACGUCGGCCACCUUCGCAACCACAUUUCGGUCGUCAGCCAGAAUCCCAACCUCUUCGACGCUUCCGUGGCAGAAAAUAUCGCUUACGGCAACGAAUCUAUCAGUCCUUACGAUAUUCGAUGCGCCGCCGAGGCCGCGAACGUGCACGACUUCAUCCUCUCCCUGCCCAAAGGCUACGAUACCGCGGUCGGCGAGAACGCCGCGCUCAUUUCGGGUGGUCAGGCGCAACGCAUUCAGAUCGCUCGUGCACUUGCGCGCCCCUCCAGCAUUCUCAUUCUCGAUGAAUGCACCUCCGCACUUGAUUCCGAGAACCAGCGCGCGGUUAUGGACGCCGUGCGCCACGCCAAAGUUGGUCGGACGACGCUCAUAAUCACCCACAAGCUUCCGUUGAUGAAAAUGUGCGACCGCAUCGUCGUCCUCAAGGAUGGCAGGAUCGCGGAAGAGGGCUCGUACGAGCAACUCAUGGAACGACAUGGCGCCUUCACUCAACUGGCAAGCGGAGGCGAAUGGGAUGCAUGAACUCCUUGCCCAUUUCUUUCGCCGCAAUUGCUGGCUAUGGUUCUUGACUCAUUUUACACCAUCUCCGAGGCUGUUCCCGGCUAUUUAUACCAUUCGAACUGUAAUGCUUUCUGCACCUCUGGACCCUGCCUC